CUCUGCUUUCCAAUCAUCAGCAUAUUAGCGACAAGAAAAAAAGUAUCAGUUUUUUCUGUGUCGCCGGAAUAUUCUUCGGGAUUGUACCGAUUCAUUUAUCCAUCCAUAUCCAGUUGGAAAAUGAUCCUCAGGAUUAAAGUAUUCCUUGGCGCCUGCAUUGCGGCUGCUCUCAGUUCCCAGUUUCCGUUGGUGUUCGGCACGGAUGCAGCGAGCAGUAGCAGCACGUACACUUCCGGUUCAUCUCCCACGUCCUCGUAUGCAGCGGCACCGGCAUCCUCGUCGUCGCCGUACGCCGCCGGCGCAUCCGGCUCGUCGUACGACAGCGGAAGCAGUGUGCCGGCCCGUUCCGGUUACGGCACCGGUGGUGGCAGUUACGGAACGGGUGGUAGUUACGGUAGUGGUGGUGGCGGUUACGGAGGCGGCGGCGUGGAUGGAGGAUUCGGUGGAGAUAUGACUCCGUUUGGGUAUUCCAGCGGAUACGGCUACGGUUACCGGCGAUAUAUCCCCGUACCCUGGUGGAUCUGGUAUCCCACCACCAUUAUGCUCAACAAAGGUGGCGGUACCGGCCUCGGAUCGCUUCUGGCGGCUAGUGCAAUGGGCGGCGGUGGAUUCGGCGGUGGGUUAGGUGGUCGACCAAUGGGCUAUGGUGGUAUGGGUGGCGGCCUGGGCGGUUUCGGUGGAAUGGGUGGUUUUGGUGGAAUGGGCGGUUUCGGUGGCAUGGGCGGCAUGGGUGGUUACGGCGGUGGUAUGGGAGGUUACGGUGGUAACAUGGGCGGCUAUGGCGGUAACUACGGCGGUGGAUCGGGUUACGGUAGCGGUAGUGGUUACGCUGGCAACAGCGGUUACGGACGGAAAUAAACCCAUGUGACCUUUUUUACUCUGUCAUUUGUCUGUGAACCAAUUGUUUUCUCACCAUAAUUAUUGUUGUCAAGUGAGUGUCAGCCACCCAUUGUAUAACUUGUUGUUUUCGUAUUUAUUAUUAUGAUCGUUUAUUUGCUGUAUUAAUUAAUUUUCAAUUAACUGACCGCGUUUUUUAAUCUGUAAUAAAUCUGUCGCCUGUUACUGAAUAAAUUAAAGAACUGUG